CAGAUAUCUCCCGUCCGGAUAGGGGCGUUCUUUCAUUCUGCUAGAAGCCGAUUCCCUCCUCGCCAGAAAUGGUUUCAUCCGGAGCCAGGUAUAAGAAGCAGAGCGAAGCGAACAACGUUCACACUGCCUUCUACUUGGAUCGAGCAAGCUUCGAAGUGGAAAGACAAAACAAAAAAACACAAGCAAGUAACGCUUUAUAUUUUGUCCCUCCCUGAAUGAAAGCGGCGGUCUCUGCGCUUUUGGCACUUUCGGAGUAUUUGAGUUAAGGCAUUGGUGAAUGAGACGGCUGCAGCCACCUGUUGUUCAACUCUCAGUCGCUCGAAGUAGUUCACAGCAAUGAAUUCAACGCUGGUGAAUGAGACCGCCAGCCUUGUGUACACGAACCGUAGCGACACCUUGGAUGCCAUCAUUAGAUGCUGUGGCAACAACUUCUCCUCGGUGGUGACUGGCGAAGGCUUCGUGUUGACCGCUCCGGACGAGAGAAACCUCUAUACCAUGAGAGUGGUCCAGAUCGCAGUGAUGUGCGUCCUGUCUCUCACCGUCGUUUUCGGGAUCUUUUUCCUCGGUUGUAAUCUGCUGAUCAAAUCAGAGGGCAUGAUUAACUUUUUAGUCAAGGAUAGAAGACCUUCCAAAGAGGUGGAAGCCAUCAUUGUCGGUCCAUAUUAACAAGAACCACCGCCAGAAAUAUAUACAUAUAUUUUAACUCAAGGAUGAGGACGUCUGAGGCUGCUGACAGCGACUCUGCCUUGUACUCUGGUACCAAACUAGUAAGGAUUACAGGGACUUUGAUCAGUAUUUUGAGCUUCGGAAGAGGAAACCAAGCACCCGGGAGCGGACCCGUCAGCGUCUGGUUUAAUAAGAGGACUUUUGGUGAGAAAUAUAAGGGGAAAUGUUGGGCUUUUCUGCUGGCAUUGACUAUACACACACCCUGUCUGAAGCCAUUUGCCAAUCCCUAUCUGUGGCCAAAUUUGAUCAACUGAGGAAUGUCCAGGAACCGCUGCACAGGUCGAGGGGAGCAGCUCACUGGCUACUAAAACGACUCUACCGGCCGCUAAAGUUGUAGAUAUAAUCGCCUUGUCUAUCGAUAUUUUUGUAAAAUAGUUAUUCCUUUUAUUGGAAAUCGCCGGUGUACCUUGUCGCUUACAUAAUUUUCCUACAAAGAACAUUCCAAUCCGUUCACUGGCAAAAUCAUAUAAAUGUCCAAGUGUAUUUUCAACGUUGGUUGUAUAAAUUGCAAUUUAAUAGGAAACCUCUAUUUCGGAAGUGUCAGGCUGAGUCACUGAGCCCAUAGCAUGCAUUCGCACUGGUGACAGAAGGCGUCUAUAGCAUUUUGUAUUGCAAAAUAUAAUUAAAAAGUAUACAUUUA